UUCCCACCACCCCUCACUCAUGACACCCAACUUUUCAAACCACAGUUUUGUUUUCCAAGUUGUGAUAAAACACAAGCAUGGGGAAUUGCUUGGUUAUGCAAGAAAAUGUUACAAAGAUUAUGAGACCUGAUGGGAAGAUCCUAGAGUACAGCGCAGACAUGAAAGUUUACCAGGUGCUGUCGGAGUUUUCGGGGCAUGCAAUAUCUGAGACGGCUCCAAACUACCAGCAUCUCCAGCCAGACUCCAAGCUGCUUGGUGGUCACCUCUACUAUCUCGUACCUCUCCCUUUGCCACCGCCCAAAAAGGCUUCCCAGAAGAAGGUGAGAUUUUCGGAGCCUGAAGCCGAACGGCCUGAACCUGAACAAGAAACUAAAGUUGUAAGGAUUAAGUUGGUUAUAAGCAAGAAAGAAUUGCAGGAGAUGUUGACAAAGGGAGGAGUUGCAGUUCUUGAUGAAAUGGUUUCUCGGCUUCAAAGUGAAGAAAAAGGCAUAGAUAAGAGUAACAGUAACAGCUUCAACGUUGAUGGUAACUGUGAAGGGUGGAAGCCGGCUCUCGAAAGCAUACCUGAAGUAGACUAGCAAUAGUAUAAUCCUUAAUAUAUGUAGCAUUGUAUCCUGAUCCCUUCUACCAAAACGAAAAGGGAAAGAAGAAAAGAAAACAAGUAUCUCUCCGCUUGAUCGGUUUUCUGUAACAUACAUAUAAAGUAAACAGAGAUCCAUGAAAAAGACUAGAAAUACACAGCUUUUCUUUCCCUUCUCA